AUGGAAGAUAAAUACAGACAAAUUGCGCAGUUUGAGAGUAUAUUCCAGUCGUUUGUGACGGGGCGCGACGUACACCGAGACGCAGCCGGAUCUGGGACAGACGAUGUGGAGACGGCCUACGCUAUUCCAAAGCGCAUCAAUUCAGCUAUCCGCGAGAUACUCUGGGAGGAAGAUGCGCUCGGAUUCGACAUCAGAAACCACGUGCAAAAGGAGUCGCUAGACGACGUCGCGAGCGCCGAACCUCUCGACGACCCCGUGGUGCCGAAACCCAUCUCAGAAUCGGGCAGUUCCAGCCUCAGCGACAAAUCGGAGUCUUCAACUGAAGAGGAACCUGAGGUGCAUGUGGAAUUCUACACUGAUGAUGGCGUUGAGAAUAAUUUUGCGCAAUUCACGUAUUGGAAUGUGGAAUCAGGGCCGCGUGUGUCGUACACGCUGAAGCCGCUCUACUCCAAAAGUAACGCAAAGGCGGUCACGCUGCUAGAAGAUGCCGAGGCAUUUGUGGCCACAGCCAUAUGGGGAGGUCCAGACGCGCACAAAAUUCAUCAGGCACCACGGCAUCUCCUGGUGCAGGCCGCACAGGUUGCGUCUCGUGCCUUCUUCGACCCAGACUAUCGCGAUUACCUCCAAACGUCGCACAUAUCAUGA